AUGGGGCCCUUUCUCAAGCUCGUCACCCUGUGCCUUUUGGCGACCUCGGUCACCGCGGCGCCAUUGAAGGUUACCCCAACCUUGACUAAGAGGUCUUCAAGUUCCUCUAGUAAGCGCGGUGCUGCCUACAAUACUGCAUCGCUAGUGUCGGCCCUGAGCACCAGUUCCGCUCAGAUUUCAUGGGCCUAUAACUGGGGUAGUGCAGUCGACGGCGAUAUCCCGUCUGGAGUUGAAUAUGUUCCUAUGCUUUGGGGUGCGGACUCCAUUGAUGGAUGGACUUCGGCGGUCAAAAAGGCGAUUAAAAACGGCAGCACUUAUAUUCUGGGUUUCAACGAGCCAGAUAUGUCCUCCCAGGCUGACAUGAGUGCGUCUGAUGCUGCGACAUACUACAAGAAAUACAUCACUCCAUACGCUGAUGAUGCGACGCUGGUUAGCCCUGCUGUUUCUUCGUCUAGCACCUCUGGUGAAGGCUUGGACUGGCUGGAGUCCUUCUUGACCGAUUGUGACGACUGCAGCGUGUCCGCUAUCGCGGUCCAUUGGUAUGGCAGCUCUCUCUCUGACUUCAAGACUUUUGUCAACGAGGCUAUUGAUACAGCCGCCGAUUACGAUAUCUCUGAAGUUUGGAUCACUGAAUUCGGCCUGAGCACUGAUGAAAGUGGAAUUUCGGAUCUUUCUACUACUGCUACUUUCGUUCAGGAAGCCAGCGACUGGCUUGAUGAACAAUCAGAGGUCACACGCUAUGCAUUCUUCUAUUGCGCGAAUGAUUAUAUGCUCACAGAUGGCGUGGCAAACUCUGUGGGCGAGGCCUACGCUAAGGGGCUGACGCAGGUUAAUGCUCUUAUAACCGCCCGCAUAUCCGGCUUUCUUGAGAAGAGCAUCCGCCUCCAACGCGUCCAUCCCGAUCGGCCAGGGAAGUACCUCAUUUCCCAGCAGAGGCUCAUCUUUAUAUUCGACAGGGUUCCACUCUCCCCAAACCAUGCCGGUGGAAAUUGUAGCAGAGGCCUGCGUGCCAACACGGAAGAAGAGUUUCUGGAAGUUGACCUCCGAAGGACUGUUCAUGUGCACGGUGGGAUUGAGGUUUUGGCCCUCGACUGCAAGGAGCUCUGCAUCUGGGUAUUUUUCCCUGACGGUCCGAACGCCGAUAUUGACGUUCCCAAGGAAACUGAGAGGAAGUUCGGAAGACAUAAUAUCGAGUAA